CAUGCGAAAAUGUGUUCAUACAAUAAUAUUUGAAAUCAUAAUCUACCCACACUUCGGCAUGGUCAAUCUACUACUUCCAUCCUGCCCUCGGCCACGUAAAGGCGCUUCAUGAAAUACUAUGGUAUAUGCACAUCGAACCCCAAAAGCUCCAUGACGAAUAGAAAAGACUGCAAAAAGAUGAUAGCAAACAAACGGUAUUAGCAGAAAUGCAGCAGAGGCAAUACAGGCAGCAGGACCGAAACAGAGCGAUAACGCGCCUGGGGCCAGCCUCCAUUAGUCCAGAAAUGCCGAUGGGUAUGAGCGAGGGAAAAAUAUUAAAAGGACGCCAAACAAGUAGAGCGCAUGCUCAAGUGUGUAGCCAUCUGGACGACUGCCCCUGUGCGCCGUAUUACCCCAAUCUUGAGAAAGUGAAAAGAGACAAGAAAUAGAGUACUGAUGCUCGGCACGCCCAAACUCCAUGACAUGCUCCCAGAUGCAAGGAGGUGACUGUAGCAAGACAAAAAGAAGAAUCCCAAUGACAGAUAAACAGAGAAAUGGACAAAAAAAUCAAAAAAACAGAUCGUGAGUAGAGUGCUAGAGGUCGAUCGCAUGACCCUAGUAGGCCAUCUGCAUCUCGAGGACCUGG